AUGGCUCAGAACCACGACGAAAAAGUCGAUAUGUCCAAGGACGUCGAGCCUCAAAUCUUCCAGGAUGAGAAUCCCCAGAAGCCCAUUCCUCAGUAUGAGCGGAAGGAUUACUCUGGUGCUCAUGAGAAGACCGACCCAAAGGAGAUUGCUCUCGUCAAGAAGCUUGAUCGCUGGAUGAUGCCCAUGCUUUGGAGCAUGUACUGGCUCAACUAUCUUGAUCGAAAUGCCAUUGCUCUGGCUCGUCUCAAUGAUCUCGAAAAGGAUCUUAACCUUCAGGGAACUGAGUACCAAACCUGUGUCUCUAUUCUGUUUGUUGGUUACAUCCUGGGACAAAUCCCCUCCAACAUGUUCCUCACCCGAACCCGCCCCAGUCGCUACAUGGGUACCAUGAUGAUGCUCUGGGCCGUUGUUAGUGCUCUCACCGCUGUCGCAAAAGACUUCAAGGGUCUCCUCCUCACCCGCUUCUUCCUGGGUCUCACCGAAGCUCCCUACUACCCCGGCGCCGUCUACCUUCUCUCCAUCUUCUACACCCGUAAGGAGGUCGCUACCCGAAUCGCUAUCCUCUACACUGGAAACAUCCUCGCCACAGCUUUCGCUGGUCUCAUCGCGGCUGGUAUCUUCCACGGUCUCGAUGAUGUCGCUGGUCUUGCUGGCUGGAAGUGGCUUUUCAUCCUCCAGGGUGCUGUCACCUUUGUCAUUGCUGUCAUUGGUUACUUCAUUCUUCCUGAUUUCCCUCUUACCACUCGAUGGUUGACUGAGGAGGAGCGUCAGCUUGCAUACAACCGUAUGGAGCUUGAUACUGUUGCCAACCAGGGUGAGACCAGCACCAUGCAGGGUUUGAAGCAGGCUGCUAGUGAUCCUAUGGUUUGGAUCUUCUGUGCUAUGGCCCAUCUUCACUUGGCUGCCAACGGUUUCAAGAACUUUUUCCCCACUGUUGUCAAGACUCUCGGCUUCAACACCACCAUCACCCUCGUCCUCACCUGCCCCCCCUACCUCAUCGCCGGUGCCAGCACGAUCAUCGUCUCAUACAUGUCCGGAAAGUACAACGAGCGAACAUGGCACAUCACUGCCUCCAAGGCUGUCGCUGUGAUUGGUUUCGUUUCCGCGGCCUGUACUCUCAACACUGUGGGACGAUACAUCUCCAUGGUCAUCUUCACCAUCGGAACCUACGCCGUCAACAGUCUUAUCCUUGGUUGGUGCGGUUCCGUUUGUGGUCAGACCAAGGAAAAGAAGGCUGUUGCUAUCAGCAUGGUCACCAUGAUCAUGAACAUCAGCUUCAUUUGGACACCUUACCUGUGGCCUGCCAGCGAUGAGCCCCGUUACGCCAUUGCCAUGUCUAGCAGUGCUGGUUUCAGUGUUGCAACAGCUGCUCUUGCUUGGGUUGCCAAGAUUAUCCUCAAGCGACGCAACGCCAAGCUCCGUGCUCAAGAUGACGAGACCCGAGUCUUUUACGUCUUCUAA